AUGCAUCUCCGUGGACCGAUGAACGUAUCGCAGCUUGCCGUGUACCAGCUUCCCGGUGAUAUGCACACUCUACAGAAGCGGCACACCGUCCCAUUUUACAAUCGGCAACGGGCGACAGAGAAGAGGAAGACCAACACUAAGAAGCUUCUCCAGCAAUCAGCUCUCGCCAAACCAUCGCACCGACGUACGCUUACGGUAACCUCUGAACCAAAUGAAGAGCCACAAGGCACACCUACCACGAAGCAGGCAGACACAGCACCAGGCCGGGGCUCCAUACGCAGAGCUGCUGAUUGGAACCGGGUGGCCUACUAUACUUCAGCAUCGCCUGCGGACGCAACAGGACUGUCCUUCCUUGCCAAUCUUGGUGAUCCUCGCAAGUCGGGCACAUUUGACUACGCAUUUGGCAAUUCACUCAGCUAUGUGUCAAGCAAUGGCGGCGUUGUGGCACCAGAGAGCAUGCCGUUUGAUGGCACGCUGGCUACCUCUGAGCGAGAAAUUGCGGUCUUCUCUGACAAAGCGUGCGACCAAGACUGCCCGUACUGGCGACCGAAUGCAACGUCACACUUUGGCUGGGCCGGUUCUUCAAAAGCCUUCUUCAUCGAAUUUCAGAUGGACCACUACCAGAACACCGGCACUGACCAAGGAAUGAUCUCUGACGCUCCAGCAUGGUGGUUCCUGAACGCAGCGAUACCUCGGAUUUUGCAAUAUGGCAGUGAUCGCAACAACGUCCCUUGUUCAUGCUGGUCAACAGGCUGUGGAGAAUUUGACGCUUUCGAAGUGCUCGGCAAAGGAGAGGAGCGUGCGAAGAGUACGCUGCACCGACAAGGCAACCUCGAAGGAGGUGAUUCCAAUUAUUUCAGGAGACCUGUGGGAAGGAUGUUGAAGUUUGCUGUCAUCUGGACAUUUCCCAACAUCACGGCUUUGGUGCUCGACGACGAUUUUGACUUUAGCGAAUCUCUCUCUGACGACCAGAUACGACAACUCGUGUCGUACGAUCCCGACAGCUGGGUGCAUUCGUUGUUCGCCAUUGGAGACUGA